CAGCAAAGCAAAGGAAAUGGAUUUCUAUGGAAGUGCUGGGAAAUUACUAUUUGACAGAAGAAUGUUAAAUAUUCAGAAAGUAGCUGUUAUUGGGGGAGGUAUCAUUGGUGUAUCUUCGGCAGUGCAUGCUCUGGAAACCAUUCCCAACAUAGAAGUAACUCUAAUAUCUGAAAAAUUUAGUCCGCAUACGACUGCAGAUGGAUCAGCAGGCUUCUGGUGUCCUUACUUGUUAGGAGAUGUCCCAGUGGAUACUUUAAGGUUUUGGUGUCAGAAGACUUUUAACUUCUUGGAAGGAAUUUUCAAAACUCCAGAAGCCAGCGAGUGUGGAAUAGGACUAUUAUCUUGCUAUUACUUAUCAUCGGUUCCUGUGGAGGCACCUCCAUUUAGUGAUAUAUUUUUAGAAUGGAGAGAGAUAAACGCCAAAGAGCUCGCCUUGUUCCCAGAGCGGUACAGGUAUGGUGCGUUCUUGACAACACUUUAUGCAGAAUGUACCAAACUUAUUCCUAUUCUAAUGCAAAGGUUUCAGAAGAAAGGAGGAACAAUUUUGAAACGAAAAAUUGAACGGUUAUCCGAGCUAUCUGCAAACUACGACGUUGUUAUAAAUUGUCCAGGGGUAGAGGCUGCUUAUCUGGUGCCUGAUUCUGAAGUGACGCCUAUUCGUGGACAAGUUAUGCGGGUUGAUGCUCCAUGGAUAAAACAUGCUGUAUUUGCUGACAACGAUUACUACAUUGUACCUAACGUAAAAGAAGUUAUAUGUGGGGGAACUCAUCAAGAAGGAAACUGGAGCAGAAAAGUUGAUCCUAAGGACAGAAAACACAUUUGGAAUGGAUGCUGCGAACUUAUUCCUAGUUUAAAGAAGGCAAAAGUACUGAGGGAAUGGGUUGGACUGAGACCUGGAAGACCAAAACCCCGUUUGGAAAGAGAAACUCAGGUUUUAGGAGAAAAAGUAUUAGAAGUCAUCCACAACUACGGACAUGGAGGAUCAGGAGUGACGCUGUUUUGGGGCUGUGCUCUCCAAACCACAAAGCUCCUUCUAGAUGCUCUUGAUGAUGUGGAGACCAGAAAAAGAAAAAACCGCUCCAAAUUAUAAAACUUGCACUACCAUCUUAGCAGUUUCGCGACAAAUUUCUUUUACUGAUAUUUGAUUAAACAGUUAUUAAUGCCAUAAUGUAUGAGUUAUCGUUUCCAAUGCCCUACAUGUAUUUAAUUUAAUCUGACCUUGCAGAAAAACUUCACAAACAUAGUUUUAUGCAUAUUUCAAAUUAUUGCUGUAAAACAAUGUAUUUGAUAUAUUAUAUAUUUCUGAUUUCAUACAGAAAUUAAUUUUUGUUGUAGAAUAUUUGUUGACGAAUAACUAGAUUAAUAAACGAUUAUUAUAAGAAAGAA